AUGUUAUUGCCUGUUGCAUAUAUUUCAUUUGCCACAGCAGCUCUAGUCUAUCCCCCUCUACAGCAGGAUGUCAGACAGUUUUUCUUGGAACACCUCCAGAAGGACCUUCAGAUCAUCCACAUGGCCACAGGAAAAAGUGUAGAUGAUGUCUUCCUCCUCCUACACUUCAUCUGCCAUCAGAUUUCUCAAUCAGAAGCAUACAGACGAAUGGAGCCACAAGCACUGGACAACAAGCAGAUCAGAGAAACCUGGGAGGAACAGUUUGCAAAAUCUUUCAUUGGCCCAGUGUUACAGGAAGUUGAAUGUCUCCACGAGUUCCCAGCUGUCUGGAGGUACCGGUCACGUAUCACACUGGAGCAUUUCCUGAGAGAGUUUCAUCUGAAAGUAGAGAACAUCAAGGGCAAGAAAUCCAAGAUGGAAGUUCUUGGCCUUUUCAGACAACAGCAUCCGUUCCUACAAGCACUACAUCGCAUCCCAAAUAUUCUACGGCUGCAACAGUUCCUUAUGGCAAAAUACAGGCGGCGCCUUGAUAGAGUGGAGGCAAAAAAUAUGACUAUUGCUGAUGCUGCAGGAGACGGAAACAACUCUAUUGAUGUGUUGGAAACUCUCUCAGAUUUCAUAGCAGCCUGGGAAUGUGUCAAGGAAGGACUUCACAGUUACGGAUGUUGGACAGUCCAUGAUGGUCUGAUACACCUGCCUGAUGCCUACAAGAACAUGAGGAUUGAUGAGAACUCUCCCCUGGCCGUCCUUCUGCCGUCCACUCAGGGGCCUGGCAUCUGCUCCUACAUGAUGCUAGAGUUCCUCUUCAGGAAGCAUAAUGAAUUCAUGGAGAGUUACUGUAACAAGACAAAACAAAAGUAUGAGCGCCUGCCUGAGGUCAGCAUGAGGAAACUUCACAGCAACCAUCUGGUCAGCUACCACCCUGACCGUGACCUGCUGCCCCUUGUCCUGGCCAACUGUAACUACUCCUUUGAGCUGGGGAAAGGUACCACCAUUGAGUAUGACUUUGAAGGAUUUGAGUAUCAGCUCAAAGAGGUCAUACUACAGGCCAAGUCCAGAGUGGAGCAGAAGUCGCAUGUCAUACCAAUUGACACAAUGGUGUACAGAGCUGACACAACCAAUUCUGUUGUCUUCAAGAUACUGCGAGACAGAAUAGAUCAGGAAUCUCUCUCACCAGCAGUGAAGCUCCAAAUUGUGUCUGAACUUAAGUCCAGACUGCCAGAUGUCUGUGACUCUAUCAACAACUUGGACAUCACCACCAGCUUCCUCAAGUCUUUGGGAGGAGAACCAGACAAGUCACUGCAGACUUUCAUGACAGAUGUGCUCAAAAUGAAACAGACAAUAACUAGCCAGAAGGCAAGACAGUUUUGCAGAUUCAAGCAUAUACAGUCAUUGUGGCUGCUGCUAAGUUUUGAGAAAUCAGUUAUCUUAGCUCAACAUGGACAGGAUGCCUUUGAUGAUUUUGACAAUGAACUGAAAGAAGGUCUCCCUGAUGGUGCCAGAGCUGAACUUAAACAGUUUUGUCAGAACAAGAACCUAGAAAAGCUGGAGUACCUUCUGCAGCAAAUAUUUGACUGCUUUCUGCUGAGAGUAGCUCAACCAGUUGACCCAAAUGAUCAGGAUGCCAUAGACCUGAAGAGCAUUAGCCUGCGAGACAUCCUGCAAGGGGACAGAGAUGCUCCACUGUACAGUAAGGAACCUGAUGAAACACUGACCGAUGAAGAUAUCUUCUCCUUCCCAGCAGUCAUCCUGGGGAAGCACAUCCCCGACACCUGGCUGUCAGUCCUCCGGGAACUUGAAAAACGCAGGAAGGAGUUUCAAUAGUGCCUCAACAUACGUCAAUAGUGGAUUGUCAAACAUGUACUUAUAUGGUGUAAAUAUUUAUGAAUUUGUCAAUCUUCUGGAAGGUCAACCAACUUUGUUAGACUUUCAACAGUGCCUCAGCAUCUGUCAUUGUCAAAAUGCUUGUGUUGAAAUUGUGUAUAUGAAGGCGUUGUUUAGUCAAGUGUACACUUGAUAUUAUGGACUUGAAAUACUUUGAUAAGUUUGAGAUCUUCAUUAUUGAAUUUGCUGAUUUUAUAACUGCUCAGAUGUAUAUUUUCUUUCAUUUCUUUAUAUAGAGAAGUAGCUGUGAAUUAUUUUUAUUAUUUUCAUUGUGUUGUGGGUUAAAACCAAAUUGUUUUGAAGACAUUAAUAAAAAAAUAUUAUUUGAUGAAAGAAGUUUAUGUAUGAUGUUAUGUAUCAAUUUAAUCAUUCUGACAUAUAUUUUCUUGAGUUAGUUGUUAUUGUUAAUAUGUUUAUGAUAAAUUCAAAUGAUUUUGAGUUCGCUGAUGGAAAGGACAUAUGUCCUAGUUGUUUGUAUUUAAUAAACUGCUUUCUAUUACACAUUGCAUAAUAACAUAUAUUUUGGAAUGCAUAUUUUUAUGUUAACAGACUUAUAGAUCUUAUAUAUUCUUUGAUGUAAAAACACCUAUUUGCUAUAGCAUUUUGCCUUGCCAAGAUUAACCAGUAUUAAUUUAUAACAUGUUUUACACACUUUGGUAUCAGAUCGUACAUUUCUUAUUCUUUACUUGAUCUAAUUAUCUGGUAUAAAUAAGGUGUACAGAUAAUCACAUAGUGAACAGAGAUAUGCCCUAUCAAUCCUAUGUAACGAUGUGUUUCCGCUACAUAGUGAUAAAUGUUGCAGCACAUUUCUCUAUAUGAGCAUGCAGGGAUUUUUAAUACAGAUAAUGUUAUUAUGCUUGUUGUAAGGAUCAUACAUAGAAUUAGUUGUUAUUGAUGUUUGAUGUUGUACCUGCACCAGUAAUCAGGAUUUGAUCAGCAACAAUCUGAUUUGCAAUAUUUUGCCUUUGUAUGCAGUUUUCAAUUUCUACAUGGAUUGUUGAUGGAUGUUUGCAAAUUAACUGUUUGUUUAAUAUUCAUUUUAGCAGAACAUUUACCUGAACAGUGUCUUUGCAACAAAGCUGGUGGUUGGCUUGAAAAUCAUGAGUGUUAAAUUUUAAAGAAUGAUUUGAUUGGCUUUGAAAUAUAUCUUCAACAUAGAAAUGGAUGAUACUUGAUCAUUUGAGACAACAUUCAUUCAUAUCAUUCAUUGAUUGUUCAGUUUAGUACAUAGUACAAUAUUUAUCAGUUACACAGUUACAAUCUUAAUGCAAUUUCUUGUGUCACGUUGAGGAUAAAGGGUUAUUCAUGUGAUGUGAUUGGAGAUACAUAUCACAGACAGACAGACAGGUUUAUAUCAUAGAUGUGGCCAUGAGGCCAAUAGUCCAAAAUGACAACUGAGAUUAAAUUUUUACAGAGCGCAUGGACAUGAUUUUGUUUACAAAAAUUGCUAGACGGAGUAUUAUAUUAUGGUUCUUAGUAUUUAGAAGAUGUACAAAUUUUUGUUUAUUUGGGUUCAUAAUAUAGAUACUUGGUAUGUAGUGAGUUCUUACCGCUGCAUAUAAAGGACAUUUCAUUAACACAUGAUACUCAUCUUCUGGUACAUUUUUACAAUAAUCGCACAUAGCAACAAUGUCAUUGUCUUUAGAUCUUCUGUACGAAACUAUUUUUAAAUUGGUGGAGCCGCAUCUGAAUUUUGUUAAGACUCUGCGCAGAUGUAACGAAGAGAGUGCGAUCAAAUACAAUUCCGGAACAAUAUCAGAUUUAAAGGCAGUAUACAUAUGCAGUAAGUUUGAGUUUCUUAUAUCUUGUGUCCAUUCUUGAUAGUACAUGUCGUUACAACAUAUCUUGCAUUUUCAAUGUUAUAUGUUACCUGGAGACUGAAGUCACUAAAUUGACUUUCGAAUCCAAGCUAUUUCCAUGUAUGUUUUCUUGUAUAUAGCAUUAAUUCAAAUUCUAACACUGACUGAGAGAUAAGAAACUAUGACUGACCAAUCAGAAUAGAGAAUUUUCAAUAGUUAUUGUAAAAUUAUCAUUUAUGUGCCAAUCAUUCUUGUUUCAUGUAUUAUUGCCAAUAAUUUUGGAUAGUUGGCUGCACAUACACAAAAUGAUUAAUGAUGUGAUCUGUCCUGAUAAAGAACAGUUCAGGGUAACGGAUAACAUUAAUUGUAUGUGUUCAGUUCUCUCACACACAAAUUGUCAUUCAUGCCAUUUUUUUAAAUAAUGCUUUUGUUUGAUUCACAGUUACAUGUAUGUUGUUUCGUAGCUGACAGUUUGAAUAUUUUAUUUUGUAUGGCAGAUGUUAACAUCUGCCCUCUGUCUUCAUUUAUUGUUAUGCAUUCAAAAUGUUUUGUUCUGCAUAGCUUAUUCAUCAUUAUGGUGAAUAAACAGUAUAUGGAUGUAUUGUUGUUUAUGUUUGGUAAGUAGAAACAUGAACCAAUGAAACAUUUGAGAGUAGUCUUUUAGUUGUUUAUGUCAUGUAUGAUAUGUAUAUAAGAUUUUGUAAAAAGUAUUUUUAAUUCAGUGUGAUAGCACUUUAACAGCCCAAAACGGGCCCAAUGAUAUGUACAUAGAUGAUCGUGACAUAAGUCAUAUCACAAAUGCAUUCUUGCAUCCUGGAUUGGUCAGAUACUGUGCAAAC